UUCGAAAUUUUCAUUCGUGCCAAAUCGCCGAUUCUCUCGUGCCGAACUCUAACCGUGCGUUCGCCCGAGCAUCGAGGACCUUAGCAAUCUUAGGGCAUAUGAGUUCAGUUAUGUUAUCCAUGUUAAUUCCAUAUUCGGUCAUAAAGAUCGAGUCCAAGCCAAGCAUUAGACUCGCGAGAUCCCUAGCCGCGCGCGCCUUCCACCGAGUCUUAGUCGAACCCUUUGAGACCCUAGCCAUCCUACCUCAUUA